AUGCCCACCUAUGGACAUAUCAACACACUGAACAACAGGAACUCUGAGUUCCAUUUCCUGCUUGAACAAGCAAAGAAUCCAGAGAACAAUGUCAUGCGACUAAUCAACAUCAGGAGCCAUGUACCUGCUUUCAGUGCUGAUCCAUUUGGAAGCCGUUUCAUACAACAUAAGCUUGAGAGAGCAACACCAACAGAGUUACUUAUGGUGUAUAAAGAGAUUGUUCCUCAUACCUUCAUGUUGGCUAUUGAUGUUUUUGCCAACUACGUGAUCCAGAAGCUUCUUGGGUAUGGACCUACCUUGUGCGGAAGGGAACUCAUCGGUAAACUAAUUGGUCAUGUGGUAGCCCUGAGCCUUCACAUGUAUGGAUGUCGAGCUUUUGAAGUAAGUGAUAUGGAUCAGAGGAUAGAAAUGGCCAACGAGGUUGGCAGAAAGUUGAUGCAAUGUGUAUACGAUCAAAACGGCAAUCACGUUGUGCAGAAGUGUUUGCAGUGUGUGCCACCUCAAUAUAUAAAAUUAAUCCAUGCAAGCUUAUGUGGGAAGGCCGUGAUGUUAUCCACCCAUCCUUACGGAUGUCGUGUCAUUCAGAGGGUGCUGGAGUGGUGUGAUGAUCUAGAAAUACUGAAAGAGCUCAUCUCUGAAAUUGUGGAAGGCGUCCUCGAGCUGGUUGUAGACCAAUUUGGGAACUACGUUGUGCAGUAUGUUGUGGAGCAUGGAGGGGAGUCGGUGCGAGCGAUGAUAGUUAUGAGGUUGAAGGGAUUAAUGGUUAUGUUGAGCUGCCAAAAGUACGGAUCGAAUGUGAUGGAGAAGUGCCUGACAAUUGGUAGAAUCCAUGACCGUCUCAUCAUCGCAGCUGACAUCGUCGGUGCCAGCGAGGACCAAAUCCUUGUUAACACAUAG